GGCCACCAACGCAACUCGCCCUCCCGCGACUCAAUUCCGAGGCAGACUGUCAUCAAGGCCCUAGCCUCGGUUGCACGCCAACACAAGCCCGACGCCCUCUCGCUGGCGGGUGUCUCGUCCACUGCCGCGCCGUCGACCGGAGUGAAUGCGGCGAUUGAUAGCCAGAUCAGGUCCCCCUCAUCGCAGACCCUGACUGACGCCCUGAACGACAUUGCAAAGUCCCGCCUGACCCCCACGGCCACCACUCUUCAGUCGCCCUGCUUCUACCACGAGCGCUUCGCCGACGCCGUCGACAUCAACAAGGUGCUCGAGGAGAUCAAGAACGAUGUCUCCAUGUCGCACUCGCGCCUCGUCGCCACCGCCACCGGUGUGCGCGAGGUCUCCAAGCAGCUGCAGCGCCGCCCCGUCAAGCGUGCCGUGCGCAACAUCAUGAUCGUCACCAAGGCCCGCGACAACCAGCUCGUCUACCUCACCCGCGAGCUCGCCUCGUGGCUCCUGCGCACUCCCCGCUACGGCUCCGACCUGGGCGUCAACGUCUACGUCGAUGCCAAGCUGCGAGGCUCCCGCCGCUUUGACGCCCCGGCCAUCCUCGCUGAGAACCCGCGCUUCCAGCACAUGCUCAAGUACUGGACCCCGGAUCUGUGCUGGAGCCAGCCCGAGAAGUUCGACCUCGUCCUGACGCUCGGCGGCGACGGCACCGUCCUCUUCACCUCUUGGCUCUUCCAGCGCAUCGUGCCUCCGGUGCUGUCCUUCAGCCUCGGCAGCCUGGGCUUCAUGACCACCUUCGAGUUUGAAAAGUACAAGGAGCACCUCAACCGCGUCAUGGGCGACGACGGCAUGAAGAUCAACCUGCGCAUGCGCUUCACCUGCACCGUCUACCGCGGCGGGCUCCCCGGUGAGACCCGCCUGGAGGAGGGCGAGCAGUUCGAGGUGCUCAACGAGCUCGUCAUCGACCGCGGCCCCUCGCCCUACGUCUCCAACCUCGAGCUCUACGGCGACGACGAGCUCCUCACCGUCGUCCAGGCUGACGGCUGCAUCUUCUCUACCCCGACCGGCUCCACGGCCUACUCCCUCUCCGCCGGCGGCGCCCUCGUCCACCCGGAUAUCCCGGCCAUCCUCCUGACACCCAUCUGCCCGCACACGCUGUCCUUCCGGCCCAUGGUCCUCUCCGACACCAUGGCGCUGCGCGUCUCCAUCCCCCGCAACUCGCGCGCAACUGCGUACUGCGCCUUUGACGGCAAGGGCCGCCUCGAGCUCCGCCAGGGCGACCACGUCACCAUCACGGCCUCGCAGUACCCCUUCCCCACCGUCACUCGCACCGACACGGAGUGGUUCGACAGCGUCAGCCGGACCCUCCGCUGGAACGUCCGUGCCGCGGCCCAGAAGCCCUUUGACGCUGAUAUCGAGGGCUGCGCCGACGACAACCAGGACGACCUGGGCUGGGACAUUGACACCGACAGUGCCUUCUACGGCAGUGAGGAGGGCAGCGUCAGCGCGAGCCCCAUCCGCCGCCAGAUGAGUCUUUUGGGUUUGUAA